CCCCAAAACGAAACUAAAAAUUUCCCCCAAUGGACAUUUUCCUACAGCAGAGAAGACGCGUAACGCGUAACAAGCGCUGGUGAUUAACUCGCGUUAUAAAACACAGCUCUAUCGUGAGCACUGGAUGAUUUAAUCUCGGACAGAAAGCAAGCAGAAGGAGGAGGAAGAGGAGCGCUAAUCUAAUCGGAUUAUGGAGGUGCACUUUAGGAGCACAUGAGUCUGAGAGCUACAGAUGGAGACGCAGCUCGCGGUGCGUAAAACGGCACAAUGCGGAUUUCAACGACUUUCGGCGGGGAAUCAUUUUGUUCUGUAACUGUUUUAUGUAGGAGAUGAAGAGUGAUGAAGAGUGAUGAAGAUUCCACAAACUGGAACUAAAUCAGAUUUAUAAAGACAGCCCAGAGGGACAUGAUGUAUGGAUGUACGAGAGAAGAGCUUAAAAACGUCUUUUUUUUAUUAUCACUACUCUGACUUGGCGAACACGUUUGGCGAACACGUAACAACACGUGAGUUGACGGGUUAACGGGUUACAUGUUGCUAAUGAGGGUUCAGGAGAAUGGUGGAGGCUCAUCACCGGGCAAACUCAAAGCCAAAGUCAGCAGCUCGUCCACGCAAAUCCACCCCGCGAUUACGCAGGAGUCUCCGCACAUCUACUACAGCGUCUACGACGAGGAUCUCGGUUCGUGUGAGGAUUCUGAGGAAGACUGUGAGGAAUACGACGAAUACGAUGAGCUCUUCGACUCGUCGGACACAAAGAGCAUCGCCUCGGAUGACUCGUUUUACCCGACGGAUGAAGAGCUGACGGAUUCGGAGUGCGCACAGACCCCCGGCACCGUGUCUCUUUUCCGAGCCUGUUGCAGUAACAGUGCGCUCACUGUCAAAGCUCUGAUCCGCCAGGGGGUGACGGAGGAAGAGGUGCGAGAAACGGACAAGAACAACCGGACGGGGCUGAUGGUGGCGUGUUAUCACGGCUACGUGGAAGUCGUCAUCGCACUUUCUGUGUGUCCUUACCUGGAUGUCAACUGGCAGGACAACGAAGGAAACACGGCUCUGAUCACAGCCGCACAGGCCGGCCACAGCACCAUCACUAACUAUCUGCUGAACUACUUCCCUGGUCUUGACAUGGAGAAGAGGAACUGUCACGGGUUCAGCGCGCUGAUGAAAGCUGCCAUGCAGGGCAGAGUGGAUUGUGUCCGAGCGCUGAUCAUGGCAGGUGCUGACCUGGAAGCCAGAGAUAACGGGCGUAAGCUGACUCCUUGUGAGUGGGCGCUGUUCACCGGACGCUACGAGACCGUCUCUGUCAUGCAGCGGCUCAUCCAGAGGCCGUGUCCUGAACAGUGCAGUGACUCGUACCAGCCCGAGUGGCCCUUAUUGCCGGCUCUGGUGGCCAAAUCACAACAGCGCAAAGGCUGCAUCCAAAAGAUGCUGCAGAAACUGCGCAACUUUUUUGACAUCAGCAACGUGACAGAAGCCUCAGAAGACGGUGUGUUCGACCACAUGGUGCAGAUGACAACGGCACUGGGCAGCCCGUUUAUCGCCACGUCCUGUCGAACGGUGUGUCCCGGGAGUCCGCCGUGCGUCGGAAAACGCCGCUAUUCGGUCCAGGAGAUCCUGAAAAAGCAGCGCUUGCAGCAGCUCAAAGGACUUGGACCUGAACGGCUGGAGACGUUCAGACGCCUUUUCCAGAAUUCUCGCGUCACUCUGUUGCCUAAACCCAAAGACAGGCGUGCUAGCCUUCAGCCCCAGACACCCAGCGACUCUUCGGCGCUCCGGAGAGGAAGUCUCCUCCCGCUACACCUGGUGAGACGGAGCAGCGUGAGACCGGGACUAGUGGUGCCCAAGCUCCGGAUCACCAAGGUUACGACGGAAACGCACAAGCCGGAGAAGGAGCGGCGCAAAAGCAGCUGCAACAAUGGCCAGUUCCUUCAGGUGCCCAAGUGGAGGUACAAAGAACUUAAAGAAGAAAGAAAGAAGGCAGAAGAAGCUGAGAGAAAACGGCUGGAGGCGAUCACUAGGAGACAUCUCGCUGGGAGAAAACAGAAAUAACACGACACGUGCACUACACAUCCGAGUCCGGGCCAGGGGAUUUUGAUACUUGAAACUUUUGAUGAUGUUGAUGAUAAUUUAUUUUCAUAUUUAUUCUUGGUUGCUUUUUGAGAUACUACAAGCUUUGAUCCAGAGGGUUAAAAAAUCUUACGACACCAUCUUGACUGUUAAUGACUGAAGCGUCUACACUACCAGCAAAAACAUCACUGCAAAAAUAUUUCCUGAAAAUAAAAAAUUUUUUAAAGCAAUGCAUCAAAAAAAAAAAAAACACAUCUCAGAAACAUUUCCUCCAUAAAAAACUUCACACUUAUAGGUGAUAAAUCUUUAAACGAAACCUGAAUGUGAAAAUGAAAAGUCUUACAGGCGAACUAGUUUAUCAGUGGGCGUGGCCUAAUAUUCUAACGAGCACAUUUAAUCAACGGAGCCUGGUCCGAUUCUCCAGCGAGGAACCAUCUAUCUGUAUGCAUGUGAGGUGGGAGUUCAUACUGAGCACCACCCUUGUAGCUGCUGCUGAGGGAUGAGACCGAGAGGUGCCAAUACUUCUGAAUCUAGAACAUUUCCGCUGAAAAAUUCUGGGAAAACAAAAAUAAAAAUACUAAACAGAAUUUAAUAACAUUUCUUUUCGCCGAAAACUGAAAUACACCUGAUCUGUAGUCUGGGUUAAUAUUAUAUUAUACCGCAGCGCUGCCGAGUUCUGAUUGGUCAGAAGGUGCAGGGUUACAUUCACAUGUUCUCGUCGUUUUUACAGCAACAGCGACUCGAACGUCAGACGCUACACACGGAUUUUAAAAAAACAGUUGAUACGGUGAAGAUUUCUGAACAGAGACGAUUGAAAAAUGGUAAAGUUCUGAGUUUACGCUCUUCGGUUUCUCAGUGACACGAAACGAAGGCAGGCUGCUGAGAGAACGUGUGUUUACAGCUGCGAGAACAGGAAGUAACAGGAAGUGGAGAUUAAACGUAACGAUAAACAGAUAAAAAGUAUGUUGUUGUGAACGAGCAGCUCGGUGCGUUAACGACGAGACUCUCUCUCCGUUUCUCAGGAACACUUUAAUCAUCACACAAACCUCAGGUUCUAGACUUUAUUCUUGACCACAGAACCACUGUGCCUCUCUUCGUACGGUACACUCAGUGUUCACAUCUCUCUCUCUCUCUCUCUCUUUAGAGUGCCCUCUAGAAUUAUUGGCACCCCUUCAUAAAAAUAUUCAUAUAUUAAUGAAUAAGUUACACAUGAACUGCGUGAUCUCAAAUAUAAAUAAAGCUGAAAUAGAAACACAGUCACGUAUUUUGUGUAGUCGGUUUGCGACACUUCCUACAUUAAAACGUGAAACGAUCACGAAUGAACUUGAAAUACGAAUUAAUAACGAAUUAUUCAAAUCAAAUGGAUGUUUAUUUCAAAUAAAUUUAAAAUAGCUUUAAAACGACUAA